AUGAAGGUAAAAAGAAGAAGAUUUCCCUUGGCUCUUGCCGUUAUAAUUAUAGGGUCUGUACUCUUUGGCUCAGUAAAAAUUGGCAAGUCAAUAUCUCUAAGGAAUCAAAAACUUGGGAUUAUUUCUGCCAACAAUAGAGAGAUUUCUAAUUUAAAACUUGAAAUAGAUAAUCUAAAUUCUGAACUUGAAAAUUCUUCCUCUGCUGAUUUUAUUGAAAAGGUAGCAAGAGAAGAUUUGGGCAUGGUUAAACCAAGAGAAGUUAUCUAUGUUGACAAGAAUAAGGAUAAGACUGAAAAUACUGAUAAGGGUAUUUAA